GGCGCCAGGCUGCGGAGCGCCGAUCGGCUCGAUGAGCGGGGGUGCAGCUGCGGCGGAGCGGUAGGCGCCGGGUCCGCGCCCACUGUCUUCCCCCCUCCCCGCUUUCUUCCUCCGCUUCCCACUCCUUCCUCCGCCCGCCCAGUGCUGCCCGCCCCGGAGAGCUGCCCGGAGCUCCCCGGGAGACUCAGGUGGUGAAGACUUAUUCUGCUGAGAAGUAGAAGAGUACUUCUUCAUUAAAAGAGAUGCCUCCCAAGUUUAAGCGCCACCUAAAUGAUGAUGAUGUCACUGGUUCUGUGAAAAGUGAAAGGAGAAAUCUUUUGGAAGAUGAUUCAGAUGAAGAAGAGGACUUUUUUCUAAGGGGACCAUCUGGACCAAGAUUUGGACCUAGAAAUGAAAAAAUUAAGCAUGUUCAGAAUCAGGUGGAUGAAGUCAUUGAUGUCAUGCAAGAAAAUAUUACAAAGGUAAUAGAAAGAGGGGAGAGACUAGAUGAACUACAGGACAAAUCAGAAAGCUUAUCGGAUAAUGCAACUGCUUUUAGCAACAGAUCCAAACAACUUCGAAGGCAAAUGUGGUGGCGUGGAUGCAAAAUAAAAGCUAUCAUGGCUUUGGUUGCUGUUAUCGUUUUGUUAGUGAUUAUCAUUCUUAUAGUUGUGAAAUACCAUACUUGAUUUGAUGACAGAUCUUCAUUAAACAAAAUCUGGGACAAUAAUAAUAAAAGACUGCUGCAUAAUUUAAAUGAAACCCAUGUAUAUAACUUUCAAAGCUUCUUUUUCAAGAAAUUAAGAGGCAAGUGUCACUUCAAAUUGGAGCAUUGAGAAUGUCCCAUUAUCUUCUUCCCUUCCAACAAAGUGUGCUUUUAAUAAUUAUGUUUAAGGCAAAGAUAACCAGCCUCGAUUUUGCCAUAUUCCAAGGGUCUAAUUUGAAACUAGAUACUUGCCAGUUCAUUAUUUGUAUAUAUAGUUAAACACUGAUAAUGAUAUUUCAUACUGUUAUUUUAAUGGCAUAAGGACUUGCAUUUGUUGCAUCAAGGUGGGGGUCAGGCUGGUGGUCAGGGAGCCUCUGUAGAGUACCAAAUCAUUAUGCCGAAAGACGUGUGUAACCAUUCCAUUGAUAUUUGCAAGAUUCUUCUCAUAUUACAAUUGCUUUGCAAGCAAUUUUCACAUGUUUAUGGGUGUAACAAAAGCUAAAUGUUGUAAAUGUUGCUGCCUUCAGCUAUAACUAACAACAUUCCAGUAAACCUAUUUUUGGCUGUAUAAGGGAACGUGUAGUAAUUUUUUGGCAUUUGGAUUAUGGAAAUGGGAAAUAUAAACUGUGAAAGGCCUAGUAUGGCAUCAUAAAACUGGAGAUAAUAAAAUUAUUGGAGAGUGUCAUUGGAGUAUUUGAAAGUGACCAACAUAAAGCUAGAAGUCAUGGUCUGGUCUGUUUUCAGUUAGCCUCCAAUAAGGAGGACCAGUCCAAAUGUGAGUAAAUGAAAUCCACAGGUAACUUGUCCCCUACUUUUCUUUUUGUUAAUAGCUUUCCUCUUUAACUUCAAAUAGCCCUUUUACCAGAAGUGCUAAAAGUAGCAAAAUCAUCUGCUUAGAAUUUGUGCGUUUUGUAUUCCCUCUUUAUCUCCUGGAAAAUGCAUGUGAUAUGUACAAUCCAGUGUCAAAUUAGCCAACAAUAAUGAAUAUAAAAAGUCAGGAGCCUAGCUAAUCAGUCAGUCAGAGUAACCAAAUGCUAGGGUCACCAUUAAUCUCAGUCUGUUUUUAUAAUGAUAAAAAGUGUUGUUAACUUUAAAAUAUGCCAGCCUUCUUGGGUUGUUUAACCAUGUGAAAGUGAACAUACAUAGUUCUCUAAUGUGUGUGAGGAAGAAGUUUUAUAAUAAAAUUGGAGGUUCUGCAGAAACUUGUGUACAUGGACAUCUUCACAAUGUAUAUAUAACUCUAAAUUUGAAACAGGGUUAAUAGAAAGUACCAGUAUUUAAAUAAGAAAAAAAAUGAUCCUUAUAGGGUUUAUUGCUUUGGUAAUUUUAAUUCAAAAUGUAUGAAACAUAGAAUCUUCAUUUUUUGUUUUUUUUU